AUGACUCCCAACGACAUUGAGCCUGUCGCCAAACUUGGCCUCAGUCUGGCAAGCUCCCUGCAAGUACAGUCGGAAGCCAACAGAAGAGCCCGGCAAAGGCUUCCCAAGCUAAUCAAUCUGAUCAACUCAACUACCUUGACGUUGAGAAAAGUCGAUGAUCUUAUCCAAGAAAAUGUAGAUGUCUUCACAAAGCCAUGCCUGGACGACAUCACGAGCCUGACAGUCACGUGCGAAAAGAUCUACAGCGGCAUUUUGAUCAUGCUGGUACGGCAGACAGAGAAUAUUGUCGGCGACAAGGAGAUCAAUGAGAUCCCGCGGGACGAAACGGGAAAGUAUCUGCAUUGCAUCGCUCACACCACUGUCUGGCGUUAUGAGUCUUGGAAGUUACUUGAGGUUCAACUCAGGUACUUUCGGCACCGGUUGAUGCAACUCAAGUUUGAACUGACGCUGCGUUAUCUUUUGGGCUGUAUCGCGCAGCACCAGAUGCGGGCACAGACCCGAGCCCCAGGUAGCUUUGAGACCGAGCUUACAAUCCGGCACCUCGCAAGGCAAGUGGCCACUCAACGAGCUGGCCACUACAGAUUUUGGUCCAAGAAGGUGGCCAAAUGGACCAUCAUUACUCCAGCACUGCCUUCCAGCAACGUUUCCAUCGCGGAUGUUAACAGCGCUUGCACCGUUUCAAGUACACCUACGAUCGUGGUUGACACAAAGGCUGAAGAGAUCAAACCUGUCGAAACCAUGCCAGUCACUCAAACCCCAGCGUUGGAUCUGUCCAAGGACACUGAGGUAGCGGCUGAUACAAAUGUUGAGACCACCAGAAACCCAACACUAAUCGAUCAAGAGCCUAUCAAAGAACACAGCACGAGUCUGAUGACUGCUACCAGAAACUGGAUCAAACGCUUCGUGCCAGGAUCUCACGAUGAAUGGAAGGAUCAAGACAUCGAGGUUUGGCAAAUCGAUCUUGGCGCUCAUUUCAGUUCCAACAGCAAGUCAACUCAGACGUUCAAGCGGCUUGAACUUGACGACAAACAUGUCAGAUCCGCCCUGUCCAAGGCGACCUCCAAGCCCAGGUGGAGAAAGCGUCCAGAACUCCUCGAGCAGUAUGACUCGCUCGAUGGACGUGUCCGCCAAAGAAUCGACGAGGCUAUCGACGCUGCCAACCAAUCGAGCACCAGGGAACGAACCUGGAUUGCCAUGUCAAUAUCCGAGGCUGCUGUUCAGGCUGAUGCCUCCAUCUCUCUUUUCUUCCGGCUCGGGAACGAGAUAGAGCCCAUCUAUGUUUUUGAACCACACUCUGGUAGAAAGCUCACCUUCCCGUAUGCUUCAUGCAAGGACCUGGAUUCUUUGCGCAAAAGACUCUCUUGUCUUAGCCUGGGAUACCCCGCGACAUUUAUCCUCAAAGAGGGAAAGUAUUUUUUCUACACUGAUGGGGGAACCGUCAUUUUACCUGAAGCAUGGAAAUCACUACGCCGUCCCGGCAUGGCUUUAAAGAUUCAAAAUUUUGGUGCCCUAACACCCCCAGGAUUCGGUGGUCCAUCGACUUUCAACCGUCCGGGUAUGAGGCCACUUAAUAUGCCUCCUCCCCCAGGUAUGAGACCUGGUGGCAACCGUCCUCCACCAAGCUUCACUACCUCUGACAGUUCAUCGACACAUUCUCGUGCUCCUCCAACUAUGAAGCAAGUUCACUGCGAGAUGGAGGAGCUGCUUCGACUUUCCGACUUAUGGUCUCCUGACCCAGAAACAAUCGGUACUGGCCUGGGCAGACUUCUUGGGUUGUGGACUUAUGCUCCUGAUCCGUAUGUCAACGUUACAGAAAGCUCAGAUGCAGAUUCGGACUGGAGUUGUUCGACGAGUGACUCUGACCACAGUAACCGCAGUAUCGCCGAUUAA